CUUGUAGUAGUUAAUAACAUAAAAAUCAAUGAUGUUCUUUGGGCACGCAUUUUUAAUUUUAUCCUUCUGGGUGGUUUUAUCAAAAUUAGAGGAAGUGGACGAUGCAUUCUGUAAGCCCGCUGAAUACCACUAAUAACUGGUUCUGCUAGGGAGGAUUGCAGAAGCAUAGUACUUCCGCCAAUUUAUGAGGUGAAUCCAUAUUUAUUCAUCAAUAUUAAGGAUGUGCUGGAAGCAGAGGAAA